UUUCAUCAUAGGUACCACAAAUCCUGUUCUACGGUCGGGUAUGUUCUGGUGACGCUGGUGACCGGUUAAUAGAGGCGCCCGGAGCCUUCGCCCCGCCGCUGGAGGGGUACCUCAUGUGCAGGACCGAUAGGAGCCGGCGGUUUGAACCUUGCUACUUCUUGUUAAGGGCGGGAGUCCUCCACUGGGGCCCGCACUCGCCAGACGGCACCUCCCCCCUACCACACAACAUCGCGCUCCGCUCCGUGCUCGGGGUACGGAGGCACCUGGACUCGUCGCGUCGGCCGCACUGCUUCGAGAUCGCGCUCGCCGACAACUCGCGGCUGCUGCUGGCGGCGCCUGAUGAUGCUACGGCUUCGUCUUGGUUGCAGAGUCUGUUACUACAUGCUGCUCAGGCCCUAGAAGAGAAGGACGGCGCUAAGAAGACAGUGGAGAGGCCGGGCCCGCCGGCCGCCUGCACGCUGCUGGUCACGCCCACGGAGGUGAUCUCCGUGCGCGACACGCUGGACCUGGCCUUCGUCACCGGCGCCGCCGCCUACCUCAAGGACCGCGGCUCUGAGGCCUUGCUCAAAGAAUAUAUAGAAGAAAUGAGGACGGACAUCGAGAUUCUAGCAUGCGGUUCCAUCAAGAAUCUGACGGCUUUCAAGAUUCCAGACACCGACGAAAAUUGGUGUUGUUUGGAGUGGAGCGUGUGCGAGGCCCGCGAGCGCGGCGCGGGGCUGGCGCUGCUGCUGGCCAGCAGCGCGGAGCUGGAGCGGCUCAUAGCGGCGGUGGAGAGGGCCUUCUGCGCGCUCACCUGCGAACCGUUCCCGCUGAGCGUUGUGGAGGCCACGAAGUCGGCGUGCAGCUCAGCGCACUCCAAGUACGAGUCGGCCUGGUCACACAUGCUGCCGCAGCAGUAAGG